CUAACCUCGUUCGGCCAAUCAGCGGCGGCAGAGGCCAUAGGAGGGAUGGGUCACCAGAAGAGGAAGAGGAGGACACCAAAGCUUGACGGCGGAAGGGCCAGGGCUUCCGAUGGAGAUCUGGAGCGUGAAGCAAGGGGAGAUUCAGAUCAGAUCGGGAUCAUCAGCGCUGAUUCGGGUGAGGCCUGAGCGAAUAGCGAUCAUCUCGUGAAGAAAACAAAGAUGAUCCGCGACGGUGAUCGGCUGGAUGAGGAGUGCAAGGGCCGGACGGUCUACCUUGUGGCAUGCCACUGGGACUUGUCUAUGUGUACCACGCCGUACAACGUGUACAAGAUGGACCUCGCUUCCUCUUCCUCGUCGGCAAUGGCGAAGCGUCUGCACGCAGCCGGCAGCCUGCGCGCCCACGCGGGCGGCAAGUCCUUCAUCUCCUUGCGGUCGAGGCGCCGCUCGUGGAUCGUCGGCGUCGGGGGCGACUCGGGCGAGGUCAUAAUCUUCGACACCAAGUCGGCGAAUCCGGAUAAGGCUGUCAUCCACGGGCCGAACCUCAUGUCCGCCAAGCGGUGCCCUGUCCUCACGGCCGUGGGUGACAAGAUUUAUGCGUUCUGCAAGAGACCCUCCUGGACAUCAGAUCCCGACUUCCCGCCAUGGUUCGAGGUGCUUGAUGUUUCCAAGGCCAGAGUAGUCAGCGACGGCGGCCUCCAGCGCCUCAAGGGGUGCUCCUGGAGCAGCCUACUGAUUCCGCCGUGCAUCCCAUGGAAGCUCAAACCUUGGGAGUACUACAUCUCUCUGCCGUGUACAAUGCUCACGUCCUAUGUGCUGGUUGCUCCCUACAUAUUGGUUUCAUACGAUCAGCCGUCGUGGGGCACACAUGCAUUUGACACGAGUGGCACAAGAUCCACGACACUCCGCUGCCUUUCGUCGGCCGCGCGUCCCGGUUUUGAACUUUGGGAACCCGCGUACGGCUCGACGGGUGGCAUCAACAAGCGCUGGCGGCCGGCCUCGGCACUACUGGUGGUGGAUUUUGUGGUGAGCAAACCUAGCAUGUGCAGUUGUUUGUUUGAGAAACUCAUGUCCUGGCGUAGGCUAAAUAUAUCAACGGGGAGCGCACCAGAGCAGAGUUCAGUUCUUGCAGAAGCUGCACAUUGGAGAUAUCAGGAGACUGAACGCAUCCUGCCAGAAGAGAUGAAUAACGAGGUGGCCUCCCUGGUUCCAUUAGCAUAA